AGCAUGUGUACUCAUCUCUGUGUUCUGCUCUGUGUUAUUGCCUCCGUUCAACGAGGAACAGCACAAGGUGGCGCAAGACCGUCUGACUCCGUGCUGCUGACAUCAGUUACAAGUCUGAAAAACGAGGGUACUGAGCUCAAGGGUGUAUCAGGGGCUAUCAAGGACGCCCUCUAUUUUGACGUACAUGUUUCAGGAGACUCUGUCCUGACGACCAUGCUGUAUUCUCUGCGAACCAUGGGUCACGACCUACUAGUCGAAGCCGAAAACGUCAGGUACUACGCUGAGAAGGCUAUAAGUGAACUGGAAGGUCAAGCACCAUCUUACUCUGCGAUACAGCAAGACAUGGUUGACACGGUAUCCGAGGCUGGUGUAUUCAAACUUCAAAUAAAUUCCUUCAAGGCCGCCAUGCAAGACUUCAUUAAUAAAGCGAAAUCUAGAGGCCACUCCAACGAUGCGUUGAUGUCAGAGCUCAAUAAAAUAGCCGGUUACUUUCACGAACUGCUCGUUCAAACAGCAGCAGUCGUAACUCACGCUCAGGGCAUUGCAAGUCAACUGCAAGGUGGCAAGGUCGUUGGAUAACUUUGUUAUUUGGUGGGAAAAGGUUGGGUGGAUCAAACCUUAAACUAUAACACCAAUUAUGCAAAGAGGAAAUACAGAGAUUGAAAUUUUGUGUUAAAAAUGUACUGAAGUGACGUCAUAUACCACCAUGCAUUAAUAAAGUUAUAAGCCAGCA